AUGGCCGACACGACCCAGGCUCCUAUCAACGGCGGCUACCCUGCGCAACACGCUUACCCCGACUCUUUCACCCACGCCCCCGCAAACGUCAACAGCGCGGCCAGCUUCCAGCCUGCGCCCUCCUCUACUCCCUCGAACGCCCCCGCAAAUGACCAGAAGAAUGGUAUUUCGAAGGAUGAGGUUGGCUGGUACUUCGUGGAGCAGUACUACACCAACAUGAGCCGCAGUCCGGAGAAGCUUCACCUCUUCUACUCUCGGCGUUCUCAGCUCGUUUUUGGCACCGAAGCUGAAACCGUUCAGGUUGCUGUGGGCCAGAAGGCUAUCAAUGAUAAGAUCAAGCAGCUUGACUUCCAAGACUGCAAGGUCCGUGUCUUGAACGUCGACUCUCAGGCCUCAUUUGACAACAUCCUGAUCUCUGUGAUUGGCGAGAUCUCGAACCGCUCCGAGCCUUCCCGCAAGUUUGUGCAGACUUUCGUGCUGGCGGAACAGCCCAACGGUUACUAUGUUCUCAACGACAUCUUCCGGUAUCUUGUCGAUGAGGAGGAGGAGAUCGAGCAAGAAGAAGCUGCUCCUGCUGCUGCUCCUGCUGCCCCUGCUGCCCCGGUUGAGGAGCCGGCUGCUGAAGAGCCUGCACAGCCUGAGGCUGAAACUGUCCCGGAGCCCGAGAAGGCCCAGGUAGACAGUGAGCCUGCUGCGGCUCAGGUCGAUGAGAAGCUCGAGGAGGCCGAGCAGACUGCUGAGGCCAAGCCCGCCAAGGAGGAUGCUCCCCAGACCAAUGGAACCGCAGCUCAGGAAACUCCUGUCGAAGCUGCCCCAGAAGCUGCUGCCCCGGUUGAGACUGAGGCCCCCAAGGCUGAGAAGCCCGCCACUCCCGAGCCCACUCCUGUGCCCGAGCAGAAGGAAGCUCCUGCUCCGGUUAAGGAGAGUGCUCCCGCUAGGGCGGUCCCUAAGACUUGGGCCACCAUCGCCUCCAAGUCUGGUGCCUCGGCGCCUGUUGUUCCCGCUGUCCCCGUUGCUCCGGUAAAGCCUGCUCCCGCUGCCAGCUCUGCUCAGCCCACCGCUCCGGCCCCCGCCCCCGCCGCUGCUCCUGCUCCCGCGGCCGCUGCCGCCCCCGAGGCCGCGUCCAGCCAGCCUUCCUCGACUGAUGGUUCUGGCUGGCAGACUGCGGGCCAUGAUCACAAGAAGACUCAGUCCCGUGCGGGUGAGGAGAAUGUUCUCGCUUACAUCAAGAACGUCACCGAGAAGGUCGAUGCGAGCUUGCUCAAGCAGACCCUGUCUCGCUUUGGCAAGCUGAAGCACUUCGAUGUGAGCCGUGCUAAGAACUGCGCCUUUGUCGAAUUCGGUGAUGCCGCGGGCUAUGCCGCCGCUGUUGCUGCCAACCCCCACCAGAUUGGAACCGAGCAGAUCUACGUGGAGGAGCGUCGCCCUCGUACCAAUGCCUUCGGUAACGGAAGCUACGGUGCGGGCCGCGGUGGUGCCGGUCGUGGUCGUGGUGACCGUGCAGGCAGCCAGGGUCGCGGAGGCUUCCAGCGCGAGGGUCGCGGAGGCUUUGCCCCCCGUGGCCGUGGCGGCAACGUCAACGCUAAGGGUCGCAACCAGGCUCAGACUGCUUAA